AUGGCCACACCAAGAGGACCAAAACACCGCUCAUAUCUUCCCACUCCACCAACAUCUCCCGAUCAAUUCCAAACCCCACCUCCUCUCCCCCUCCCCACCAAAAUGACAAGAUUAGAAUCCUGGAAAAGCGCUCGCUCGAGAUCUUUGGAUUUCCUGGAAAAUAAGUCACUCCCUCCAACUCCACUACGAGUUGUGUCUGCUCCAGUGAUCAAUACCGUCUCCAAUCAAAUACCAAGCUAUGACCGGAGUUCCUCUCGGGAAGCCAUUGCCGACUCGGAAGUGGAAGCCGAUUUGCCAAACCGAUAUACCACUUCUUAUUAUAACAUUUUAGGAUUACCAGAGAGUCCUAAUGUUACUACUAAGGAUAUUGAAGAGGCAUACAACAAGCUCGCAGGCAAACCAUCAAAUUACACCCAAGAAACCCUACAACAAAUCCAUAAAACGCUCACCAACUCCAUCAGACGACGUACCUACGAUUUAGGUCGUCGAGCCCAUUUGGUCCGUCAAACCCAUCUCAUAGAUCGGGAGCGUUUCGAGAGGAAAAUGAAUGGUAAUUUCUUUCCAAAUCCAAAAAGUAUCUCUGAGGAAGCCAAAGAAUUUGUGAAUAACAUAAAGACGGAAAAUUUGAAGAAGAAGAUGGAGAGUGUGAAAAAGGAGCUUGCGGAAAAUGUUGAGAAAAAGAGUAGAUUGAUGGGAUUGAGUAUGAAUAUGGAUGGAAUGAAUGAAGAAGAGGGAGUACCUUGGGAGGAAAUGGAUUUUGGUGUUAAGUGGGCUGAACCUAUUGGAGAGAGGUUGAGUCUUGAUUUUGAGUUUGCUGGAUCGGGGAGUGAGCAGGAUUCUGAAGAGGAAAAUGGAUCUGAAAGUACAUUUUCAGAGAGGGAGGAGGAAAGGGAAGAGAAGAAGGCUGUUCGAGAGUCUAAAGAAAUUGAAGAGUGCAAAGAGGUCGAAGAGCUAUCUGUAUCUGCAAUGGCAGUACCAGUCUUGGAAGCGGCUGCCUCUGACCUCAAAGUGACUCCCGCCAUUCCGGGAAAGACUUCAAAGAACAAUGGACAGGGAUCCGCAGCUAAAGACUACAAAAACAAUGUUCUAAAUAUCCCUAGAUCGACAUCCAAAAUCGACAAGUCCGUUACGCAAACGUACCCCGAAACAGAUCAUGCCAGCCUCACCACCACCAUUGACCUUCUAUUCCCACCCCGAACACCAACACCAACACCAAUCCCAGUCCAGGAAACAAGAUGGAAACCGAAACCCAUCUCAUACAAAGAAAUCUGGGAAUUCGACUUUAACUCCGAAACCGAUACCGAUACCGAAACAGAAACAGAAAUCGAUGAAGAUCCCGAUACAGACACAGAUACAGAUACCGAUACCGACACCGAGAAUCCACCCAACACACCCUCUUACUUCAACCCAACGCAUGAGAAUGUCCAAACUAAUACCUCCACCAUCUCCACACCCACUGCAUCCCUUCCAAUCCCCUCCCUAACCGAAUUUGAUCCCAACCGUGAUCCCGAAAUCUGGGAACCAUCCUACAACGACCACAUCAUCAACACUAUCAAUAAUUAUUCACAAAACGAAGAAGAUGAAGAAACAACUCUCUUCACAACCCACUUACUCGCCGCAAUAUGGGUAGCUAUCGCUUCAUGGGUUUGGUUUGGUUAUGUGGAUGUUGCUGUGGAUAUUAAAAAAUUAGAUCUAACAUCCAUAGAGUUCUACUGGUACUAA